AAAAUUCCAAAGGAGAAAAAGAAGACUUUAAUUUUGAAAUCCUUGAGGUUGAGUGCAGCGGCUGUGUGUCAUGAGGAUUUAACAUUCCUGUGAUCGGGUGUGGAAAUGGAGCCGUCAGAUCCUUCGCCGUUAAAGCGUUUUGUUCAGGCCAAAAAGAAGAUCGGCGAGGUUUUUGACCAGCUUUUGGUUUACGUCCAGGAGGGAACGGAGUUUGUGAAAGAAACCUGUGAUAAUGAGUCGCUGGAGAAUAUCGCAAACAAGACACAGCUGGCUGAGAUCGAGGGGUACACCAGCCAACUCUUCAAAAUUAAAGAGGUUUUAUCUCGCAAUCACAUGAAGGUGGCUUUUUUCGGCAGAACGAGCAAUGGUAAAAGCACGGUUGUUAAUGCGAUGCUGUGUGACCGUGUGCUGCCCAGCGGGAUCGGACACACCACAAACUGCUUCCUGAGCGUCGAGGGCACGGAGGAAGACAAGGCCUUUCUCAAGACCGAAGGGUCCGAGGAGGAGAAGAGCAUCAAGACGGUGAAUCAGCUGGCUCACGCACUUCACAUGGAUGAGAGUCUGGACGCUGGAUGUCUGGUCAAAGUGUUCUGGCCCAAAACGAAGUGUGCUCUGCUGAGAGACGACCUGGUGCUGGUGGACAGUCCUGGCACUGACGUCACCACGCAGCUGGACAGCUGGAUCGACAAGUUCUGUCUGGACGCAGAUGUGUUCGUGCUGGUGGCCAACUCUGAGUCCACGCUCAUGAAUACGGAGAAGCAUUUCUUCCACAAGGUGAAUGAACGCCUUUCUAAGCCCAACAUCUUCAUCCUGAACAAUCGCUGGGACGCUUCUGCUGCCGAACCCGAAUACAUGGAGGACGUGAGGAAGCAGCACACGGACCGCUGCGUGGACUUCCUGGUGGAGGAGCUGAAGGUGGUGGAUCGAGCUCAAGCGCCCAAUCGUAUCUUCUUCGUCUCGGCGAAGGAGGUGCUGAACUCACGGAUGCAGCGGGCGCAGGGUAUGCCAGAGACGGGAGGAGCUUUAGCUGAAGGCUUUCAGGAUCGACUGAAGGAGUUCCAGAGCUUUGAGAGAUCGUUUGAGGAGUGUAUCUCGCAUUCAGCAGUGAAAACAAAGUUUGAGCAGCACACGAUCAGAGCCAAGCAGAUCACAGAAACAGUCAAAGACAUCAUGGAUCAAAUCAACAUCGCCGCCGCGGACAAGAGGGUGGUUUCUCUGGAGGAGAGAGACUUUCUGAUUGACCGACUGGAUUUCGUUCGCAAUCAGCUCAACCUGCUCAUCCACGACAUCAAGAAAAAAAUCGAGGCCAUCACAGAGGAGGUGAAACACAAGGUGUCAGACGCCAUGGCAGAAGAGAUCUGUCGUCUGUCUGUGCUCAUAGACGAGUUUCGAGCAGAUUUUCAUCCGUCACCACAUGUGCUCAAAAUCUACAAAUCUGAUCUUCUGAGUCACAUCGAGAAGGGCAUGGGCAAGAAUCUGGCCUUCCGCUGUUCUGAUGCAGUAAACGCCUCGGUUCAGUCGUCUCAGCAGGACAUGAUAGAGUGUCUGAAGCCUCUGCUGCCCUCUGCUGUACAGAGCCAGCUGCACAUGCUCAUUCCCAGCAGGAAGUUUGAGCUCAGCUACGACCUCAACUGUGCCACCCUGUGCUCAGACUUCCAGGAGAACAUUGAGUUCCGGUUCUCUUUAGGCUGGACUACGCUGGUCCACCGGUUCCUAGGUCCCGUCAACGCCAAACGUGCCUUGAUGCUAGUGGAUCAGACCCUACCGCUGACGGCUCCGACCACCCCUACAGCCCCGGCGAUGGUUCAGUCUCAGGUCCCCGGAGCUCAAGGUCAGAAUCAGCAAUCACUGAUGCAGGAAGAACUCAUGAUGUCCAUGGUGAGCAAUCUGGCCUCGGUCGCUUCCCGCACGUCUGUGAGCGUGAUCAUCGUUGGAGGAGUGGUGUGGCGAACAAUUGGUUGGCGUCUGAUCGCACUCUCUAUGAGUCUGUAUGGCACGCUGUACCUGUAUGAAAAACUCACCUGGACCACCAAGGCCAAGGAAAGAGCCCUGAAGAAACAGUUUGUGGAUUACGCCACAGAGAGACUUCAAAUGAUCAUCGGUUUCACCGGCUCAAACUGCAGCAACCAAGUGCAGCAAGAAAUCGCCAGCACAUUCGCUCGACUCUGCCAGCAAGUCGACAUCACUCAGAAGGACCUGGAGAAUGACAUCCAACGGCUCACUGACAAGAUCCAGAAGCUGGAAACCGUACAGAAGCAUUCUAAAGUACUCCGACAUAAAGCAACCGCUCUAGAAAAGCAGUUAGAGGAUUUCAGCUCCCAGUAUCUUCGUCCUCAACCCUGAUUCUGUUCACACGGACACUGGCUCCAUCCGGAGAGCGAUGUAACUCAUGGAUACUAUACGCCCUGCUGUUUAGGGAAUUCUCAACUCACCAGAUGUUGCAAGGAGAGAAAAUUGUGACUUGAAGUUAAAUGUAAAUUUGUAUUCUUGAAUUAAAGCGGGUGUUUUGGUUGAGGUUUUUCCUGUACUGAGAUGCAACUGAACUUAGGAACACUAUUUUGUGAACUGUGAAGCUGCUCUGUUAAGCAAAACAUGGAAGUAAAAAGCUAGAAUUUAAAAAUGCUGUUCAGGUUCAUCCUAAUGGAGGAGUCAAACUUUAUUUCAUACUUAUACCCUGCCUUUUUCACAGAGCCUUUUUUAUUCAGAAACGGAGUUCAUGUCAUCAGACAGGGAAUUCAGCUUUUGUAGAUUUGCCUUUUGAUCACAAAGCCUAUUUUCUAUCUGUUCCUUGGUAGCAGUUUGAAUCCGUAUAACCCUGUGUUAAAAUUAUUUUCAUUAACUUGCUGUCAUUUCUAAAUGCAUGUAAAUGGAAUAUCCUGAAAAUAAAUUUCUCCUGUGUAAUAAAAAUAAUAAUAAA